GAGGAUGAUGAUAAACGGAAACAAUUACUAAUGGAUCUAAGAAGAGGAGGGGAGGUUGUUAGUUACAGAGGAAGAUCACAUGACAGUGUAGAUCGCGUGACGUGGCUCUGGAGAUACUGGAACUUAGCGAGACCUGACAUCGUGAGAUCCUGUAUAGGUCUAUAUCCACACAAUGAUAUUUACAUCAUCGACAACAAACCUCACAGAAAACCAAGUGAACAUCGUAAAUAUCCACCGGAUGUCAUGAGUCUACUGUAUUCUCUACUUUUAACUGAGAAAUAUCAGCUGAAUCUCAAUGAACAAUCUCACAGAAUCAUAAGAGAAAAAAUUAGAGACAGAUAUUUCCCCGAUAUUACGGAAGACAACUCGGUAGAUCUACCUGAUGGAAUCACAGAAACACGUGACGAUAUGAUAACGUUUAUAUCAGACGACAUCCGACAUGACGUCAUGUACGCCUUUGUAACGGACUGUCUGUUGAAAGACAGUGAUCUGGAGUUUUUUCUGACCACGGCGUCAUGCCACGUGAUCUCAGAAUACUGCCGGUCCUGGUGGCAUGAGAGAAGUGAGGGCGAGAGAUGUCUGUUUAUACCGAACAGUCCGGAGAAGAUGUACGACCUCUUCAUAGACAAACUUCAGCUGGACAUCAUCACACACUGUACCGUGUCUGACAGGGGGAUUCAUAAAAGGAUCAGUAAACAUUUAAACAUACCUGAAGAAGUGUUAAAAUGGGAGUUUGAAGAAAGAAAACGGUUUGUACGCAGCAUGAACAAAGACAGUGUCCCUAUGUUUCGUGCGAGAUGUCUCCUAGUGGGCUGUACAGGGGCAGGGAAGACAACUGUACUACGUAAUCUGAAGAGAAAGAAAGGGAAGGAAGAAACCGAACAACCAACAGAGACAACUAUAGGGUUGGACGUUCACCAGGAUCUGUUUCUUAUUAGACAAUCUGAGGAUGACAGUGGCAGCACUCUAAUAGACUAUGAAAGGCAUACAGCUCCACUUGCAGAAAACUACGAAAAACGCUUACUAAGUGUGAUGGACUUUGCAGGACAGGUAGCUUAUUAUGCUUGUCACCAAGUCUACUUAUCACAUAGAGCAAUUUAUCUAUUGGUUGUAGACAUGACCCAGGAUUUAAACACAAAACUACAACAAGAUGACAGAAAUUGUGUCCAGGGAACUCUGUUUGAAGACUGGACUGCACUAGAUUAUUUCACCUUCUGGCUGCAGACUAUAAGAACAUAUGGCGAGAAUGAUGAUGACAAAGGUUAUAAAAUAAAACCUCAUAUUACAGGAAGCAGUGAACAUGGGAACAAAAUGACACCUAUCAUUGUACUUGCAACACACGGAGAUUCUUACAGAAAUUCAAAGGCCAGUGAAGAGGAUACCUCUAAAUACGGAAGCUUUUUUGUCAAACUACGCAAACAUAUUCCUGAAAAUAUUAAAAAUCUUGUCUGUAAGCACUUUGAAUUGGAACUUCCUCCACGAGAAAGGUCACAAGAUGAGCUUCGAGAACUGGAAAAAGUUAGACGUUACAUAGCAAAAACUGCAGAAUCCCUUCCGCAUUGGGGAGAAAAAGUACCUAAGCAUUGGUCUGAAUUCGAACGAAUUGUUCAAGAAAGACAAGGAUCGAAAAUAGCAUCUAGAGAGCAGUUACAGGAAUUAUCAGAAUACUUAACGGAGAAUGACUUUGAUGAUAUCUUGAAAUUUUAUCACGAGAUUGGAAUGAUUUUGUAUUUCAAGGAUUUAGGGAAUGACGUUAUUCUGGACAUUCAGUGGUUUGUUGAUGCAUUUAAAAACAUUAUAACUGAUCGGAAACAUGUACCGGUAAAAAUGGCUUCUCAUGAUGAUUGGGAUCAAUAUUUUGAUGAUGGUAUGAUAACAGAAUCUUUGAUGCUCAAGAUUUGGAAGGAGAUUGGAAAGGAUUCUUCCUAUGCCAGAUACCUGAAUAGGAUAACACCUUUUAUGGAGAAACUUGGAAUCCUUGCAAAAAUGGGUAAAAAAGACAGGAGAGAAAGUCAAUGCUACUAUAUCCCGAGCAUGAACAAAAGGCAAUUGAAGAAAGGGGAACAAUGGACAAGAUGGAAGAAGACACCAAUACUCUCAUUUUACUUCAAAACAUAUUUACCCCACUUCUUUUUCUUUCGCCUUGUUGUUGCUUGCUUUGCCCUUUUGGAUUCCCAAACAAAAGAGCUUUACAAAAAUAUAGCAUUAUUCUGUGGAACUGAAAAAGAUGAGUAUCACACCGUUGCUAUUGCAGUCAACAAAACAUCAAUUCAAUUGCAGGUGCUCACUCCUACAGGAAAUGACAUACCACUCCGAACGGAAAGAACACGAGCUAUCCGCACAAAAAUAGAAAAGAAAAUAGAGGAACUGACAAAAACAUUUCAUGGACAUGUAGAUUACGAGAUAGGCUUCCCUUGUUCAUGUGAAACUACUCUCAUUACAGAAGAAGACGAAAAGCGUUUUAUUUCUGAAAAAGAACUUCUGAAAAUUUCUGUAGAGAACCCACCAUGCCCUAAGUGCAAAGUUCAUUCCGACAAAAGAAUAAACAAAAAGGAACUUUUGCAGAUAUGGGGGGAGAAUGAGCUGUAGGACCAUGCAAUGUUCUAUCUUUAGAAUAAAUCUGUAGCACUCGGUAACAUGUAAAGCAUUAGACAUGGGGACCGGACUUUCGGAUGCUGAAGUUCACAACGUUGAUGAAAAUGUUGAAUUGUUAACUGCAGAUAGGAAUAAACGUUGUAUAUAAUUGUAUCUUUAAUAUUUAAUAUUUCAGUUCAAGGGUUUACCUUGUAUUACAUAUAAGAUCAUAAGAUUGUAAGAUCAAUUUCAAUAUAGCUAUUAACAUUCUAUAAAGCAUAAAUAUUGAAUAUUUUAAUAUUUUAAAGGAAUAUAUAGUUGCUUAUUGCGAAAACACUGGCU